AUGGGAAAUGAAUGUACAAAAUUUCGUAAAAUAGAAAAAAAACCAAUAAUGAUUCGUUGGAACUUAAUUAAUGAAGAGACUGAUAUUCUUCAAUUAAAUGCUGGAGGAAAAAAUAUCAUUGAGCAAUAUAAUACUAUGUUAAACCAAUUAAAAGAAUGUAAUCAAUUAACAGAGGAUGAAAAAAUAAAAGCAGUGGAAAAUAUAACAUUCAUGAGAGAUCGAGAAAACCUUGUUCGAUUAAAAGAAAUUACUUACCCAUGUGAAAAAUGUGGUGAACCUGGAUAUACCGAAUUGUUUUGCGAACACUGCGUACGCAAAUGUCUCAAAAAUAACUUUAUUAAUUGGACAUCAGGAAGUGAAAUUAUUGACAAAGCAAUUCAAAAUGCUCAACUAAAACUUCCAUUUCCAAGGUAUAUUAUUGAAUGGAUAUCAUUCGAUGACCUUGAAACUAUUGUGUAUAAAACAAAAGGUGGUUUCUCAAAAAUUUCUACUGCCAUUUGGAAGAAAGGUGUUAUAAUGUCAUUUGAUAAAAAGAAACAAGAAUUUGUAAGAGGAAAACCCAUUACUGUGAUUCUUAAAAACCUUUCGAAUGGUGAUUCUCAAGCAGAAGAAAGAACCCUUUCGAAUGAUUCUCAAGCAGAAGAAAGAACCCUUCUGAAUGGUUCACAAACAGAAGAAAGGUUUUUAAAAGAGUUAGAAACUCAUAUUUCACUAUGUUCAGAGGGUUAUACCGUUGCUACUUGCUACGGUAUAACAAAAGACACUAAAACUGGUGACUACAUUCUUGUGCUUGCCAACUAUGAACAAGAUCUAGGGUCAUAUAUUAAAAGUUCCUAUGAUAAAAUCACCUGGAAGGAAAUUUAUAAAAUUUUUUAUAAUAUUUCAGAGGAUUUGUUUAAUCUGCACAAAGAAGAUUUACAUAACAUGCACAAAGAAAAACUCAUACAUUGUGACUUACAUGACGGAAAUAUUCUAAAAUCCAAAGGAAAUUUAUUUCAUUUAUCAGACUUUGGUCUUUCCGGACCAGUCAACAAAAAACGAAAUGAAGUUUACGGAAAACUUCCGUUUAUAGCACCCGAAGUCUUAACUGACAGAAAAUAUACGACAAAAACUGAUAUAUAUAGUAUAUCAAUGCUUAUGUAUUAUGUAGUUGUAGGUAAACCACCUUUUUUUGAACGCAAACAUGAUCCCAAUCUUUUAUUAGAUAUUAUAAAUGGAUUUCGUCCUACAAUGCCAAAAGGAUUGCCACAAAAUUUCCAAUACGUAAUGGAAUUAUGUUGGGAUCCAAAUCCUGAUAAACGACCAUCAGCCAAAGAUCUUUAUUAUUAUUUUUUGAGUGAAUAUGAAGCAGAAUUAAAAAAUCCAUCUGUGAAAAAUGUGACUAUUUCAAACAAUGAAUCCAUAGAAAUUCAUGAGUGCGAAAGCACUCUACAUGAUAUUAGGUUUCAGAAGGAACAAAUAGUCAAUGAAAGCUAUUCUUCACAAAGUGAAGAUGGCGUAACCAUUGCUGUUGAAGAGAACCCUAAUCUAGAUUCGCCCAAAGAUGUUGAACCAACAAGUGACUAUAAUGACUUUUUUCAACAAUUUAGGCAAAAGGAUAAAAUGCCUAGAUUGGCUAUGAAAGCAAAUAGAAUGGUUGAAGAAUUUCAUGGUUAUGCCGCUUUCGACAAAGAAAGCGAGUUGAAACCUUAUUCUUAUACUCCAAAGCCAUUAGGCGAUGAAGAUCUUGAAGUUGGAAUUUCACAUUGUGGUAUAUGUGGUAGUGACUUACAUACGAUGAGAUCGGGUUGGCGUCCAACUUUAUAUCCAGCCAUUCUCGGUCAUGAAAUUGUCGGUAAUAUCUUGAAGAAGGGUUCUAAAGUUUCUAACUUCAAUAUCGGAGAUCGUGUCGGUAUCAGUUGUCAAGUCCAUUCAUGCGGAGAAUGUGUUGAGUGUACUACAGGUUAUGAUCAAUUAUGUGCAAAAAGGGUGUUUACUUACAAUGACAUGUGGAAAGACGCCGAAGGUGUUCCUACAAAAUAUCAAUCUCAAGGUGGUUACUCAGAUAAAAUUCGUGCACAUUCCAGAUUCGUUUUCCAUAUUCCGGAAGAAAUUAGUUCUGCCGAAGCUUGCCCGUUACUUUGUGCAGGCUUAUCUACCUUUGCUCCAUUAAAACGUCACAAGGUUGGUCCUGGAAAUAAAGUUGGUAUCUCCGGUAUUGGUGGUUUAGGUCAUAUGGCAAUUCAAUGGGCUGCCAAAAUGGGUGCUGAAGUUACUGCUAUCUCACAUAGUGAAAAACGUGAUGAAGCAAUCAAACUUGGUGCCACUCAUUUUUUAAAUAUUUCGGAUCCAAUUGAUGUUAAAAAAUUUACUCAUACACAGGAUAUAAUCCUCUCAACUUCUUGUAACCCGCAAGCAGAUUGGUCUAAAUAUAUGAAUCUCAUCAAAAAUCAUGGAACUCUUAUUUUGAUUGGUCUUCCUGAAGCUCCACUCCAAAUUCCUGUAUUCGCUUUCAUGAGAUUUGUAAAAGUUGAAGGUUCAUUAAUUGGUGGAUCCCAAGAAAUUAAGGAUAUGCUUGCGUUCGCUGUAAAGCAUAACGUUAGACCUUGGAUUCAAAAAAUUCCUAUGAAAGAUAUUAAUGAAGGAAUCAAGAUCGUUCGUAAUGGAAAAGCUAAAUACAGGGUUGUGUUGGAAAAUUAA